CCGUUUAAAUUUCUAUUUCAUGUUUACUUGCUUAUUUUAUUUUUCCCUUGAUUUUUAAUUUAUUUCAUUUCUUAAAUGUAAGCCUUUGUCUAUAAUUAUCGCUCAAGUACGUUCAGGACAUACAUCGCACCUUUAAUCCGACUUCGGCCUACGCAGACUAGGGCAACACCGAACUUUCCUGAAGAGCUUUAAGCCCGUGCUAAGAUUCUUCCCCGACUGGAAACCAAUACUCAACUCGCCGUUCUAAUAAGGGAACUUCCGAACGGCGCAGGGGACUUGCAUAUAAAGGUGCUGUAAUGUCGGAGGAAGCCGGCCGUCAGACCCGCAGUCAGAAACGGGCUCUGGAGCGGGACUCCCUCCCAAGUGAGGUGGAUGUGAAAAAGAUGAGGCUGGAAAAGGGCACGGACCAUCUGAAGAGUGAUGGGAUCGCAUCACCUGAUGGAAAAGUUAAGAGUGAAAUGGGGACUGCAGCUGUUACCAAGGUGCCAGGUAUCUUCAAGGGUGGGGAAGUCAAAGCCACCAUCAAACUCGAAGUGCAGACUGGCGAUGAACCUGUGGAUAUGAGUACAGCAAAAAGCGAAAUCAAGAAAGAUCGUCGCGCACCUUCGCCAGAUGUAAUUGUCCUGUCUGACAAUGAGCCCUCCAGUCCAAAGAUGAAUGGUUUGAGUAGGUUUUCUAAAGAAACCAACACUGAAGCACUCAUGAAAAGCAGCCCAGAAGAAAGAGAGCGUAUCAUCAAACAAUUGAAAGAAGAACUACGGUUAGAGGAAGCAAAGCUGGUUUUACUGAAGAAGUUACGGCAGAGUCAGAUCCAAAAAGAGACGACAACGCAAAAGACCACUGGAUCAUCAAGCAACUCUGUUGCAACUCCACCUCCUUUGGUAAGGGGAACUCAGAGUCUUGCUCCUGGCAAAGGUGUAUUACCAGUGUCAUCUAAUCGCAGCUCAGGUACAGUGAUCCCACCACCCUUAGUGAGAGGAGGUCAGCCAGUGUCCUCUAAGCUGGGAUCCCAGCAGAAUACACAAAUUGUCAUGCCACCCUUGGUCAGAGGAGCACCGCCCAUUUCUGUGUCUCCACAGCAAAUACACAGCUUGAGGCAGCAGCCUUCUGGCUCUGGUCCUCCUCCACUGCUUUUGGCACCACGGGCAUCAGUUCCUAAUGUGCAGCUGCAAGGUCAGAGGAUUAUCCAGCAGGGGCUUAUCAGAGUUGCCAAUGUAUCCAAUACCAGCCUGCUGGUAAACAUUCCACAGGCUUCUCCAACCAACCUGAAAAGCCCUUCUGUAACAUCUCAAAGCAGUGUAACGGGCAGUAGCGUGACCUCGGUGGUAAACAGCAAUGAUUCUCCUGCUAGCCGGCAGGCUGCUGCCAAGCUAGCACUGCGCAAGCAGCUGGAGAAAACCUUGUUGGAAAUUCCGCCACCCAAACCUCCAGCACCGGAACUUAACUUCUUGCCCAGUGCCGCUAACAAUGAAUUUAUUUACCUGGUGGGACUGGAAGAGGUGGUGCAAAACCUACUAGAAACGCAAGGAAAAGGUAAGGUGGCUGUAACAGCAGCUGGAGUGCUGACUCUUAAGGACCCUUAUACCUGUGCCCAGUGCAAGACUGAUUUCACAUGCCGUUGGAGACAGGAGAAAUCUGGCACUAUUAUGUGUGAGCACUGCAUGACCUCAAACCAGAAGAAGGCUCUCAAAGCUGAGCACACAAACCGACUGAAGGCUGCCUUUGUCAAGGCUCUGCAGCAGGAGCAGGAAAUUGAGCAGCGGAUACUGCGAUCGGCCUCCCCCAUCCCCACAUCAUCAUCCUCUGCCAAGACCUCUGAGCAGCAGACGCUGGUCUCGCCACAGCAGGUGCAGCACCACACUGCGAUCAAACAGGUACGGACCACCGGCCUGCCUCACAGCAGGGGGGGGCCAAUUGGACGGCAUCACUCCACCAUGAAACAGAGCCCUAACCAACUGCCCCGGGGCCUUCAAUCAGCAGGCGCACGCGGCGUGCUACAUACAUUUUCACAGUCUUCACAGCUCCAAAGUGCAGCAGCAGCAGCUGCUCUUGUGACCAGGCCAGGUAAGCAUGCCGUGCGUCCCGGGAGCAAAGCCAACACCAGCACUGCAGUCAACACCUGGAAGAAGCAAAGCCCCCUCAACACAGGUGUCGCUAUGGCAUAUGUAAACCCUAGUCUAUCAGUGCACAAGCCCUCAUCAGCCAUGGACCGUCAGCGCGAGUACCUCCUGGACAUGAUUCCAUCUCGUUCCAUCAGCCAAACGGCAAACACUUGGAAAUCUUAAUGAUUCUAUUUAAAGACAACAACAAUGAGAAUUUCCCUUCUCCCUGCUGCCGAUGCCACCACCUUGGAAGCAAGUUACUAGAUGGCUCUGAAGGGCUUAGGAGGACUGAGCUGCACUCAUUAUGGCAGUACUGUCCUCAUACAGUGGUGGGAAGCUGAUUUUAUGCACCUUUCCUGUUGGGCUGUCUUGAUUUGCUUUCAGAGCAAGAGACUAUACUCUGUUUGUCCCCAUCUCUUCUGACUUGACUGUUGCAGCUGAAUGCAGGAAUUGCCUCCCAUUAACUAAACUAGGAAGAGGGAAAUGUGUUGUGUAAUUUUAUUGAACAUGGACAUGUGUGUACACUUGAGCAACAGAUGGACGCGGGUUGCUGGGCGGGUGAAUUGUGGGCAUAUGUGUUUUUGAGUUCCAGAGGGAGAGACUGGACUUGACUAUUUGUACCUUUUUAUGCUUCCUAAAUUUUUCCCCCCAUCCUCAAAAUCAAGUCAGUGCUUAAUCUUAAUCAGCAGAAACAGUGGUUUUCAGGAGACGGAGACAAGGAAUGGGCACCCACACCUGGGGAAUUUGAAAUUCAGUAAAAAAAAAGUGCUGCUGUUAUUUCAAGCAUCCUCUUGGUUCAUUGUAGGUUCUUCCACUCGGGGGCACAAUGCUGCUACUUCAAAGGUGGGCUGCCAGCAGAGACUUGGAACUAAUUGAGUGCCUUCUGAGUUUCCUGCGGGGGUUUAUCCUUCUCCUUCAUUAACUUUCCAGAAUAACUUAUGCUUGAGCACACCCAGAAUCCCCCUGUUGGUGUGUCCUGGGGAGUUCUGCAACUUCCCCUAGUAUGGCCUUCUUGAAUGUUGAGAUCUUGCACCAAGCCUCAGCACUACGUUAUGUGAAACUUCACCCUGCCAAUAAUUGACUUUGGCUUUUUGUGUAAAGAUUAAUCUUUUCUGCUGUUUUUCCAUUUCUUCCUCGUUAACUCAUUUGGCCGUUAAUUUCAUCAUUAUUGUUUAUGCCAAUGUUGCCAGCACAAAGCUGGAUCAGUGACUGUUCUCUGUAGACUGGCAGGUAGUCAUGGGCAGUUGCCUUUUGGUUGUAAGUUGGGCAGAAAACUGAAUGCCUUUUCAGUGUUCAGUUUUCAAUAAUAAAACUAACUCUGUCCUCCCUUCCCCGAUCUUCUGUUUUCUGUGUGAUGAUCCAUAUCUUGGUAACUUUCCUUGAAAUAGAGUAGAUUAUUUAUACACACACAUAUAUAAUUUUUUUUUUCGUUUUUAGCUUCCAUAUAGCAAGAAAUUGCCUUUUGAGUGAACUUUUCCCAGUGUAUUGAGGUUGAGGACAUUCUCUGCUCGUAUGAAAUACAGGAUUUGUGAAAAAUAAAACAUUUAUGCAAAUUGUACAGCUUGUUUCACACUGUACACACAUAAUGCCCUACUUUUUUAUUUCUUUCUGCUUGGUGCGUUUUCCCAUUAGACUUGAUUACCUGUCUUCUGCACUAUUAACUUUUUUGCCUCAACCCACAGGAGUGGAUAAAAUUUGUUGUGUACUGCUGGGGACAAAAUCCCUUUCUUAUAGACACCACCUUUUCCCCUAAGGUAAUAAAUGCCAUCAGCUUUUUUUUUUAAUAAUAAUACAUGUAUCCCUGAAUUUUUCAUACCUCUACCUCCUGUUACAUCACUUAUCUGCUGCUUCUGUAAGACGGUAAUCUACCUCUGUCUCAAUGACUGUUGGGGUGGUUCGAGUGCUUUGUUGGGUUAAUAAUUCCAUUAGGAUGGUAAAUAAAGAGCAUCUGGCAUCAUGCAUCUUGCCCUUAAGGACCGCUCUUUAAAGGUGUAACUCCAAAGACUAGUUGUUGAAAAGGUGAGAUCCUUGUAAAAUGUAAUCUUAGUAAUGCAGGUGCCCAUCUGUGUUUAAGUUCUGUGAAGCAUUACUUUUGUUUUUAUUACUUGGAAGCUUUUUUUUUUUUUUACCCCCAGUAGACUAAUAAUAAUAAUUUGAAAACACUCUGGAUUCAGCCACCUCAGAUCUAUCUGAUUGUGGUCAGAUGGUAUGUGGUGUAGUGAAGACUUGCAUUUAUCAGAAUUUGACACCCCAUACACCCUUUUCCUACCCAGCUUAGUUUUUUCAAACAGUGGUUUAGCUACAGCCGUGACGGUAAUGUUGCACUGAAGCAGAUUAUUUCUUUGUGUUUUUUUUUUUCCCUUUGUCACUGUUAUUUAUUGUGACUCUAAAUAUUUCCUAAUUCUAUUACCAAAAAAAAAAAAAAA